AUGCAAACUCCUGCUCUCAGAACACUCAUAACCCAAGACCCAGGUCUCCCGAAGCCCAAUCCAACGUCUUCAUACUGGCAAACCCCACCACACCCCCUCAGUGAUACUCAAUCUCCUUCUCUACCCCCUCAAACCGAUGUCGUGAUCAUUGGUUCUGGGAUAACCGGUCUCUCGGUCCUGCUUACUCUCCUAGAUGAUCAUCCUGAUCUUAAUAUCACGGUUUUAGAGGCUAGGUCGCUAUGUUCGGGUGCGACGGGCCGGAAUGGGGGUCAAUUGGCUGCGAAUGCUGGGGAGGAGUAUCUGCAUUUGGUGGAAGAGUUUGGGAGGGAGGGUGCAGGGGAGGUUGUCAGGUUUACGUUUGAGAAUUUACGCAGGAUGAGGGAGUUAGUGCGGAGGUUUGCGGUGGAGGAGAGUGAGGUGGAAGAGGUGGUUAAAGUGAGGGUUUUUCUGGAGGACGAUGGGUUCGAGAGGUUUAAGGGAAGCGUGGAGGCUUUGGAGAGGGAUCUGCCAGGUUUUAAGGGGAUUUAUACAACUCUUAAUAGGGAGGUGUUGAAGAGGGAGUAUCACCUGGACGGCGCUGGGGGUGCUCUGCUUCCCGCUGGGACUGUCUGGCCUUACCGGCUCGUGACCAAGAUUUUUGCCUCUCUCCUGGAGAGAUACGGGCAUAGGUUGAAUAUCGAAACGCAGACCCCCGUUACUUCUAUCGCUUUCGAUGCGACGAGCCCUUCCUGGCCGUAUAUCCUGCAUACACCACGAGGAGGUCUGCGCGCAACUCAGAUAGCGCACUGUACCAAUGGCCAUGCAGGACAUUUGCUCCCUGGACUCCGCGGCCCAAUCUAUCCCUUCAAGGGAACGAUGACGGUGCAAGACGCAGGCAAUAUCAUGCCCAAUCGCGGUGGUGAUCUUUCAUGGGGUUUCCAUUAUCCGGUUAUGUAUGAUAAGCAGUCCGGUCGAUAUGCUGCUGGCCUGUACUAUCUCAUGCAGAAUACGAAAACAGGUUAUUUCUUUUUCGGCGGGGAGGACACGCGAAUCGAUAAUUGUUUAUCAGCGGACGACAGUCUGGUCGAGGAAGGCUCCAUAAAGCAUCUACAAGAGAAGCUGCCACAUUUCCUUGGUCACAACGGAGCGGAACAAUGGAGGUUAGCCAGCGGGUGGAGUGGAAUUAUGGGCUUCUCCGCAGACGGGCUUCCCGUUGUCGGACGUGCGCAAGCCUCAAUGACAGGGCGACAGGGCGAGGGGGAAUACGUUGCGGCUGCAUUUAACGGAUAUGGCAUGGCCAACUGCUUGCUGUCCGGAGAAGCUUUGGCAAAGAUGAUGAUGGGAACAGACGUGAGCGCGUGGUUGCCAAAGGCAUACGGUAUUCAUGAAAGACGGCUGAAAGAGCCACUGACAGUGGACCAUGCCAUCAAAUCCUUCGAUUUAGAUGCCUGA